UUUCGUUGCCUAAAAAACACGGAGAGCAGCGGAGGUGGGAAGCGGAGGUGGAAUCCACGAACCCGCACGCCUCUUUCACUGCUCGAUGGCUCAGCCCAAUGGGAUUCCUCUUCCUCCAUAAAAAAAAAGGUCCAUUAAUGGAAGCUGAUUCCAUCGCAAGCUCAGUAGGCCCAGUGGCCACGGGGGAACCCCCCUUCCCCUAUCGGACGCGUUGUCUCGUCUUUGUCCGAGUCCUUUUAUACCCCUGCUGCUGCUUCCUGGAAGCUCAAACCUUGCUGCUCCUCCACAGCUCCGGUGCGUCUGGUUCGGCCGCCGCACUCGGAGCUUGUGGGAUCGAUUUAUCGUCGAGGUCUGUGUUUGGUUCCAGGGAAGUAGAUUCUGUGAGUGGGAAUUUCCAGCAGCAGUUAUACUUCUAGAGCUUCUGUGGCAGAUUUUGGAGAAGAAAAAUGAAUGCACUAGUUGCAACUAGCAGAAAUUUUAAACAGGCUGCUAAGCUGCUGGGGCUGGACCCAAAGCUUGAAAAAAGUUUGCUAAUCCCAUUCAGAGAGAUCAAGGUUGAAUGUACAAUUCCAAAAGAUGAUGGCACCUUAGCAUCCUUUGUGGGGUUUAGGGUGCAGCAUGAUAAUGCCAGAGGUCCUAUGAAGGGAGGAAUCAGAUUCCAUCACGAGGUUGAUCCAGACGAAGUGAAUGCCUUGGCACAAUUAAUGACCUGGAAAACAGCCGUAGCAAACAUUCCAUAUGGAGGUGCUAAAGGUGGAAUAGGAUGUAGUCCGGGAGAACUUACUAUCACUGAACUUGAGCGACUUACUAGAGUUUUCACACAGAAGAUACAUGAUCUAAUUGGCAUUCACACUGAUGUGCCAGCACCUGAUAUGGGGACCAACCCACAGACAAUGGCGUGGAUUCUAGAUGAGUACUCAAAAUUUCAUGGCUACUCACCUGCUGUUGUGACUGGCAAACCUGUUGAUCUUGGUGGAUCUCUUGGUAGAGAUGCAGCUACUGGAAGGGGUGUCCUGUUUGCAACAGAAGCUCUGCUUGCUGAUCAUGGAAAGAGCAUUAAAGAUCACCGCUUUGUGAUACAGGGUUUUGGCAAUGUUGGUUCUUGGGCUGCACAACUCAUCAGCGACGCAGGUGGUAAAGUGGUUGCUGUCAGCGAUGUGUCGGGAGCAAUCAAGAACCCUAAGGGCAUUGACAUUGAAAAACUACUGAAACACUCUGUGGAGAAUCAUGGAAUCAGAGGCUUCAACGGUGGAGAAUCAAUUAAUCCAGGUUCCCUGCUAACAGAAGACUGUGAUGUUCUUAUUCCAGCAGCACUUGGAGGCGUUAUAAACAGGGAAAAUGCCAAUGACAUAAGAGCCAAAUUCAUUAUCGAGGCAGCAAAUCAUCCAACUGAUCCUGAGGCUGAUGAGAUCUUGUCUAAGAAAGGUGUCGUCAUUCUUCCCGACAUAUAUGCAAACUCUGGUGGUGUUACUGUGAGCUACUUUGAGUGGGUUCAGAACAUCCAAGGAUUCAUGUGGGAUGAAGACAAGGUCAAUGCCGAGCUGAAAACCUACAUGACCAGAAGCUUCAAAGACAUGAAGGAGAUGUGCCGGACGCAUGAGUGUGAUCUCCGCAUGGGCGCUUUUACUCUUGGAGUCAACCGAGUUGCCCGCGCAACCAUUCUCCGAGGAUGGGAAGCUUGAUAGUGAGAACUGUUUUUUUUUUCCCUUUGGCUGCAAAACAAUAACCUCCUCCCCACCGGGAACUUCUUGAAUUGAAGCGAUGAGUUUGAAUUUGAUAUUCCCUUAA